GCUCUGCGCCGUGAAGAAGCGGCUCCCGGGGACUGGGGGCAUUUUGUGUUGGCUGGAGCUGGAGGAACAAGAUGGCGGCGUCGGCGGAGUGACGGGUCCCUGCGGGCCGGAGCCGGCGGCAGUGGUGGCAGCGGUACCUCCGCCCUAACCCACUGAGUCCCUUUCCAGUCCCCACAUCGCUGUGAGAGCGAGCAAGCGAGCGGCAGCCGCCCAGAACGCAGCGGCCGAGCCUCAGUCAUCGCGACCACCCGCGCCAACGGCGGCCUGGCCCAGACCUAGCCGAGCCAGCGGGCUUCUCUCGACCGCCUCUGCCCUGUGAGGCCCGGAAAGCCUCGGUUCCGCGUCUUCUGCCGCCCUCCGCAGCCCGGGAGACUCCCACCCUCCCCGUCGAGGUGUCGGGGCUCGGCCCCAGCCUCCAUCUUCGCGUCUCAGGAUGGCGAGCAGCAGCGGCUCCAAGGCCGAAUUCAUCGUCGGAGGGAAAUAUAAACUGGUGCGGAAGAUCGGAUCUGGCUCCUUCGGGGACAUUUAUCUGGCGAUCAACAUCACCAAUGGCGAGGAAGUGGCAGUGAAGCUAGAGUCGCAGAAGGCCAGGCACCCCCAGUUGCUGUACGAGAGCAAACUCUAUAAGAUUCUUCAAGGUGGGGUUGGCAUCCCCCACAUACGGUGGUAUGGACAAGAAAAAGACUAUAAUGUGCUAGUCAUGGAUCUUCUGGGACCCAGCCUUGAAGACCUCUUCAAUUUCUGUUCAAGAAGAUUCACAAUGAAAACUGUACUUAUGUUAGCUGAUCAGAUGAUCAGUAGAAUUGAAUAUGUGCAUACAAAGAAUUUUAUACACAGAGACAUUAAACCAGAUAACUUCCUAAUGGGUAUUGGGCGUCACUGUAAUAAGUGUUUAGAAUCUCCAGUGGGGAAGAGGAAAAGAAGCAUGACUGUUAGUACUUCUCAGGACCCAUCUUUCUCAGGAUUAAACCAGUUAUUCCUUAUUGAUUUUGGUUUGGCCAAAAAGUACAGAGACAACAGGACAAGGCAACACAUACCAUACAGAGAAGAUAAGAACCUCACUGGCACCGCCCGAUAUGCCAGCAUCAAUGCACAUCUCGGUAUUGAACAAAGUCGCCGAGAUGACAUGGAAUCAUUAGGAUAUGUUUUGAUGUAUUUUAAUAGAACCAGUCUGCCAUGGCAAGGGCUAAAGGCUGCAACAAAGAAACAAAAAUAUGAAAAGAUUAGUGAAAAGAAGAUGUCUACUCCUGUUGAAGUUUUGUGUAAGGGGUUUCCUGCAGAAUUUGCCAUGUACUUAAAUUAUUGUCGUGGACUGCGCUUUGAAGAAGCUCCGGAUUACAUGUAUCUGAGGCAGCUAUUCCGCAUCCUUUUCAGAACCUUGAACCACCAAUACGACUACACGUUUGAUUGGACAAUGUUAAAGCAGAAAGCAGCACAGCAGGCAGCCUCUUCCAGUGGGCAGGGUCAGCAGGCCCAAACCCCCACAGGCAAGCAAACUGACAAAACCAAGAGUAACAUGAAAGGUUUCUAAGCAUGAAUAAGGAGCAGAAGAAGCAGAGCAGAUGGUCGGAGCAGCAUUUGUUUCUCCCCAAAUCUAGAAGUUUUAGUUCAUAUGUGCACUAGCCAGUGGUUGUGGACAACCAUUUACUUGGUGUAAAGAACUUAAUUUCAGUAAAAACUGGCUCUGGACAGCAUUGGUGAUGCUGUAUCCUGGGUUGUAGCCACUGUAAUUGUGAAUAUUAACUGAGAUAGUGAAACAUGGUGUCAGGUUUUCUAUUGCAUUUUUUUCAAGUGGAAAAGUUAACUAAAUGGUUGACACACAAAUUGGUGGAGAAAUUGUGCAUAUGCCAAUUUUUUGUUAAAACGUUUUAUUUUGAACUAUACUGCUUUGAGAUCUCAUUUCAGAAGAACGGCAUGAACAGUCUUCAGCCACAGUUGUGAUGAUUGUAAAUGUUCACAAUUGUGUGUUCUUAGGGUUUUUCAUCCCUGGGGUUUGCAAGUUGUUCACUUAAAACAAUUCUUUAAAUGGCUGACUUCUUGUUUGCAAGCCAGCUGAUAAUGGUAGCAACCAAAGAUUCCAGUGUUUGAGCAUAUGAAAGACUGCCUGCUUACUUGUGCUAGAAAUAACAGCAUCUAAAGUGAAGACUUAAGAAAAACAUAGUGACUACUAGAUAAUCCUUAGGACUCUGCAUUAACUCUAAUGUUCUUGGUAUUAAAAAAAAAAUUGUCACAGAAAUUUAGUUAACAUCUUAAAACUGAACAUGUAUGUAUGUUGCUUAGAUAAAUGUAAUCACUGUAAACAUCUAUAUGAUCUGGGACUUUGUUUUUAUUUUGAAAUGGGAGCUUUUGUUUACAGGUUCAUUAAAAAGUGUUUCUGUAAGGAAAUGAGAUUUUUUUUUUAAAAAAAAAAACAAAAACAAAAUGCCUUGCUGACUCACUAUGGAAUCUCCCCAAUUUUUUGAUAGACUACUUUAAGCCAUUUAUUACAUGGUAUUCCUUUACAAGUCCAAAUUAAGAUUUAAUGUAUUGUUUUUUCCUUUUUUUUUUUUUUAUAAAAAUUAUUUUUCAUCUGAGGGGAAAGGCCUUCUUUUCCUUGUUUUCUUUUUGAUGACUUGCAGACACAGUGACCCAGUGCUGCAGCUGCCAGGACUUUGGCAUUGACUCCUACUGCCAGUAACUAGAAGCUGGACUGAUUUUGAGUAAGAGUGAAAGCGUUAAAGGGUUUAACUAUACUACAAAAUAUUUUUCUUGAAAAUACUUGUGAAGUGGCUGUAAGAGCAUCAUACUGUGUGAAGUUAGUGAUCGUUGACCCUCUAGCCCCCGCUUCUGUAGGUUACUGUGUGCGUGUGCUUCUUCCCAGUCUACUUGUAUGCCCUUUUCCUUCUCUCUGAUACAAGAGAAAGGGAAACUUAUUGACAGUAAUUCUUUAAAUAGUGUAAUUUAUUCAUUUACAGCAUGUAAGGAUAAAUUAAAAGAACCUUUGUCUGCAAAUGCUGCCAGGAGCCUAUUGUGUCAAUGUAGGUAUUUUGUAAAAUAAUCUCAAUUGUAAAUUGACACGUGUUUGGUAAGAUUGUGUCAGGUCUGAUUUUGUUUUGUUUUUCCCUUUUUAUUUUUAUUUUUUUUAUUUGAAGAGCAAUAAUUAAUUCAUGACUGCCACAUUCUGUCAUGAGGGGAUCUGUUAGGACCAUAGGACUGAAGAAAUCUCAGCAAGGUGGAUUGAUGGGGUGGGCAGCUUCUUGUUUCUUUUCUAACCAUGCUUGUCAGCUAAGGUAUUUGUUUCUUGACUAAUAAACCCUUUGAUACUUUUAGCCAGAAAUCAGUCUCAUAAAGCUAUUUUUGAGUAUAGUUUGUGUAAGAUGAAACUGUUUAGCUUUGGUAAUGAUCUUCCCAAGCUGAACCUCCCUCUCUAGCAAGAUAUUUUUCAGUGCUUUUAUUUACUAUGCACUUAGACUAUGCACUUUUUCUGAAAUAUUUUUGUAACACUUUUUUGUAUUUUUGCCAUUUGAAAAGGUUGUGGUAUAGUUGGUCUGUAAUUAAGUUGCAGGUUUAAAACUGCUGUUAGCUUUGUAAAUCACAAUAUAGGUGUUUUUGUCCUGGUGUAUGUUAUUCCAUCUGCAGCUGGAAUCCCAUUGAUCUCCUAGCUACCAUUCAUUUUCUUCACAGUUCACAAAGAAGAAUGUGAAACUCAGUGAAUGCUGUUACUAAUCCUGUCUGGAAAUGAAUCUCAUUUCACCAAAAUUAAUUGUUUUUCCACUAUAAUGAUCCAAGUUGAAGACACAUCACUUUGAAAUUGGAAGCCCUCACCACUUAAGGCUCCACAGUGGCUUACUGAGCUGAACUCUAGGUUACUCUUCAUCUUGUUCACCCAUUGGGGGUGCAGUUUUUUAAAUGUUGGGAGAUGGCCAUUCUAACUACUGUUGAAUGUCUCUGUUUGGGGAAGGUAUAACAAGAAAAUAAAAAAGAAUAUAUACGAAGGGA